AUAUUCUCUGAUUCUGCCAAGGAUGCAAAGGAGGAAGGACGGACAUGCCAACAAAUGACCAUGCAGAAGAACAUGUACUUGCAGCAGCUUGCAACAGCUGUUUUCGAGAAUGAUGAAGAUCUGAAGGUCAGGGAGUACUUUCAUGUGAAACCUCUUGGCUUCACUAAGCCAAUUACAAGCCAGUUUACAUUAUUAUGCAAAAGGUACAACGAGGUUAAUGUGCAACUUGGGAAGACUGGUGCUGGACUAUCUUUUGAGGAGCUGAAUGAGAAUGAGAAACAAAGGGUCUUCUUGGUCAGUUUUAUAGAUCAUCUCUUGAUGACAUUCCCAUGGUGGGCUGAUCUCCAUGGAUGGUGGAGAAUGAACCCUGCAUACAACACGUCGUUUUCAAUGGCUGAUCCAGGUCAAGACUUUGCAGCUGAGGCAGCGACUCUC